GGCCACCGGGGAACCUUCAAACGCCGCCUCCUCUGCCACCGUAGUCUGUUGGAGUCAGCAGACAGCCAUCCAGCGGCAACUUUUCGGGCAAAUCAUAAAACAGAAGCUCCGAAAAGCCCGAAAAUGACUCAGUUUAAGGAGCGCUUCACGACCCUGCUCCAUGAGAAGAACUUUGUGACAGAGCAGUUGGCGAAACUGGAGGAAAAAACGGGAGUUCAGAGAGAAUAUCUCGCCUUGGGUUUCCUCAGUUUUGUCGGUCUCUACCUUCUGUUUGGAUACGGAGCUUCACUGCUCUGCAACCUGAUUGGCUUUGCCUAUCCAGCAUAUUUCUCUAUAAAAGCCAUCGAAAGCACCAAAAAGGAUGACGACACACAGUGGCUCACCUAUUGGGUUGUUUAUGGACUCUUCAGCAUUGUUGAGUCUUUUUCUGACAUCUUCCUCUUCUGGUUCCCCUUUUACUAUGCAGGCAAGUGUUUGUUCCUGAUUUGGUGCAUGGCUCCAGUGACGUGGAAUGGUUCUGAAAUCCUGUACAAGCGUGUGAUCCGGCCAUUUUUCCUGAAGCAUCAGGAGGCAAUGGACAACAUGGUCAGUGAUCUGAGUGCCAAAGCCAAGAACCUCACCGACACUGUCACAAAGGAGGGUGAGCUAACUGCAGUAUACAUCUGUUAACCGAGCACUUAACCACGACAAGGACCAGUGAGGGACAUCAACGGAUUCUGUGCAUGUGCAGCUGAACGAUUGACUGAAUGAGUUUGUCUGUGAUGGUUGUUUCCCCGCAAAGAAUGAUGAAGAUCCCCCUCCAAGCCCAGUUUGUGGUGAAGUGAAGCUUCACACUCCUUAAAAAAAUACAAAAGUAUGUGUGUUUGCAUCAGUUUACUGCCACUGGUACUGCCAAAACAACCUGUAAAACUGUGACCUUUUUAUGUGGUUUCUCUGUUGAGUGACAGAACAGGUGGGAAGAAAUGUGUUCAAAGAAUGUUUGUGUAACUUUAUAUGGAAGUGAUUUUUAUUUUGUCCAAAUGAGCCAUUGAAAACUCUGGAAAAUGGAGUCUCAUAAUUUAACGGUUUGGUCGUCUUCAAAAAUGUCAGUAAAUAGCAUCUCUCACUUUAUUUUUUAAAACUGGAACUUUUUCUUCAUCUCAUUUGUGCCAAGCAGCAUGUAAAGCCUGCCGGGAUGAUCCUAUGUCUGCAGGUUAAACUGGAUGACUUCUGUCUUUUGAUAUGUCUUAAUUUAUAUUCUCAGAAGGAUGAACUAAUAAAACUGGAACCCUAGUGAACUCAA